AUGUCAAAGUCAAUUAGUCACGUCCCUGACCAUGGCGAAGCAUCUGCCGAGAAUUCCUACGAUCCUAAUUCUGUGACGGUGGCAGCCUUUGCGCCCUCCACCACAUCAGGGUAUUCCGCUUCUGCAAAGCAGCGGUCGACAGUGAUAGUGCAUAAGAAGUCUCCUCUGCUCGUCGCAACCCCUCCACAAAUCACGAGAGCUCUAGCACAUUCCCACCCGUUCAUCCUCCCGUUAAACAGGCUGCUUGGUUUGCUGUCGUGGACGACAGAUGAUCCAUGGGAGUCUUUUCUCCUGGUGUGCGCUUUUUGGGGAGUCACUCUCUAUGGAGAUGUCAUCCUACGCUAUGGAGGACCGAUAAUAUUGGUCACCUUCAUCAUCUUGGGCAUGUACUCUCGCCGCUACUCUCCUCUUUCAUCCACGACCAGAACAGGUGAAAAGCUCGGACACAAGAGACAGACUUCGGAUACAUCUCCCCAGCACAAAUCUCUCGAUGAGAUAGUUGAAACUCUGCAAGAACUCACGGGCCGAUGCAACAUUUUGCUCGAGCCAUUUUUCAAUAUGACUGACUUUUUAUCUACCCAACGAACUGCAACCACUGCAACUACCAGGCCAGCUCUAACAACGUUGUUUAUUCGCAUAGUUCUGAUAACUCCAGGCUGGGUCUUGUUGACUUUGCCGCCUCUGCAUAUUCUUACUGCUCAGAGAGUUAUACUGGCCAUAGGCACUAUUGUGUUAUCUUGGCACAGCAGACCUGCCAAGAUCACUCGAGUCAUCCUAUGGAGAAGCGUAUUCUUGCGACGAAGUGCCGCCUUCGUCACUGGUCUUGACUUUCCACUCUCUGGUAACAACCCGCCUCUUCCGCCGCGACGAAAAUCACAAGCGAACAUUGCCUCCGAAGUUGCGACAAAGAAUCGUUCUCCUGGUGUCAGAUUUACUUUUAUUCUAUACGAGAACCAGCGAAGAUGGAUAGGUUUAGGUUGGACUACGAGCCUCUUCUCGGGAGAGAGAGGACCAUGGACCGAUGAACAUCUGAACUCUGCACCCGCCAAGGACGAGUUUGAAUUGCCAGAUGUUCAAGGAGGUAUAGCAAAAUGGAGAUGGGUAGAUGCCUCGGAGUGGCAGAUCGAGAAUGGCGACGCGAAACAACAUAAAAGAUCAGGGUCUAAGACUGGUCCGGCUGGUACCGUUUCUCCAUCCUCCAGACCGAACGAAGAGAUCGAUGGCGGAGGCUGGAUCUACUACGACAACAAAUGGAAUGAUGGUAGACGUGAGGAUGGUUGGGGUCGAUAUACUCGACGCAGAAAAUGGUACCGAGAUGCUGAACUCGUUGAAAUCACCCCGAGCACGGAGCAGAGCCCUGCACCGACGACUGUGAAUUCGGACGACGAAGCCGAGAAGAUCCGCCGAGCUAAAGCCUUUGCCAGCAGUUUACAGACAGACAAGACCGAUCUGGCUGAUAGUGUUGCUACUAUCAAGGCUCCCCAAACACCUAUCCGGCUUAGUCAUUCACGAUCAACAUCAAAUAACAUCAUACCUGCCGUAACAAGCGACGACAACUCCAGCAUUAAAGAGAAGAAGAAAAAGGGCUGGUUCGGCAGAAAUCGAGAUAGAAGCGAUUCCAAAUCAUCAAGCAGUAAGAAUACUGCAAACACGGCCGUCAGCGAGAAAAGUAAUGCUAGCCGAGACGGUCCGCAUGAUGAUGUCUACGACAGAUGGAGGGACACUGGUCAUGGGAGUCAGGCUAGGAUGUCUAUCAACGAGGAUGUUGCAUUGGGCUUGGGCUAA